AUGUCUGCCACCGGUUAUAUCAAAUGCCAGAUGACGGAAGCCCUCAGUUCCCUAGCGGGAAAAUUGGCGGAACUCGAAGAAACAACGCUUGAGAUCACCGAAAAGGAACGUAAAACUGGCGAAUUCGGUGACAGCGAAAACAUAGCAUAUUAUGAUAAGAAACUACUGCAAGGAAUAAUACAUAUAACAUGCUGGACGAGCAAAUCAAAAGAAACCUGGAAGCAAAGCGAGGAUCACUCCAAUAAGAUACAAAAAGAAGACGACCGCUACCAACUGAUCCAAGAUUUCACAGAUCAUUGGGAGACAAUCGAAGCAGAAAACACUAUAGUCAAUGCCCAGGUCCUCGCCGAAGUUCCCGAGUACUUGAGAAGAAAGAUGGAAAGUAACACAAAGGAAGAAAGUCAGAACAGGACAGAAGGACUGUUCCCCACGCAGAUCGAAGUACAGUUUCCAAAGCUGGAAUUACCAGACUUUGAAGGUGGUAUGGUGAAAUUCCCAGAACCGGGAAUUGUACAAGCUGGUAGUUCACAAUAA